AUGCACUCUCCCAAAAAAAAAAAAACCUUGCCAGCAAUACACACUAAACUGAGUAUGUGCAGAGUGUCUCCACACGAUAUGUCUUAUCAGGAGAUAAGAGGAGGACACUGGAAGAAGGGGAGGAUCAUAGAAGUCAAGAUCAAACAGUAUUAUUACACAAUGCAGAGGAUUAACCCCUUAGGUUCCACAGUGAGUAUAACAAGCAUGCUUUACUGCCAGGGGCGGACUGACAACUCAUGGGGCCCCCAGGCAAUAGGAGAUCAUGGGGCCCCUGUGUCCUUGCCCAAACUCAAAAAAGCCUAU